UGUAACAGUUAGUCGAACUCCCAGCCCACUUAAUUUGCUAGAAGAUUCGAAAGAGAAACCAAUUACCAACUUAACCUUUUUUGGCAAGGGAAAUUGACGCGUUGGCUGAGCGUUUUACAGACACAUGCACAAUUCACCAAAAAUUAACAACUGCGUAGUGUUGUGCCUGACCGCAAACGUACCACAUCUGAUCGCAGCGAAAUUGUAACAUCUUUGAAAAAUUAAAAAUUGUCCAUGUCAUUAUGUGAUGUUGAAGAGAUGUCCUUCUUAGACAAUGACAAUUUCUUGAAUUGUAUGAGUAAAAUCUUAUAUUAAAAUAUAUGAUUGUAUAGGAAGCCUGUUCGUAUGUUCGAAUCCCCGCAAAAACGGCAGGAAGUCUAUUAAAGUAUUAUAAACAAUAAUUGACAUUGACACGAAACAAAAUAGUAGUAGAAAAUAAUUGAAAACAAUUGAGUAUAAGAACAAAAAGGAGUGGCAAUUAAACACACAGAUAAUUAAAAAAACCCCGGAGGAUGAGUUAAAUAAGUUUUUAUAUCUAAGAACGUUGAGGAAAACCAUUAAUUAAUUGCUUUUUUAAUUUAAUUGCCUUUAGUCGUUAGCAAGAAUCGUUAUAAAUUAGUAAUCUUUUGCUACUUGAAAUUACUUGAGAAGGAAAUCACAACAGAGAUACAUCUCAAGAGCCUUUAAUAAGCUUUUAUAAAUAAAUUAAUACGUUAAGUCAAACGUACAGUAAAUUAGUUAACAUAUAGACUUAACAAGAUUAUCUCAACAUAUCUUAUCACAUCAAUUUAAAAGAUGAGACAAAUGGAGAUCCAGAUUGCACAAGAUCGAUCAUUUGCAAAGAGAACCAGUCCAUUCUUCGUUAAAGACAUUCUUGGAUUGAGCGAUGAAUCUGAAACAGAGAGUAGCGAUGAAAUGAACAGGGAAAGCGGCAACGAAGAAAUGAACGAAUAUGUUGACGACCUCAACAACAAUGGCAAGAAAACGAGACAAUGCUUCACAUCUAAACAAGUGGAAGAAUUAGAAAGGUUAUUCAAUGAAACUAACUACCCAGAUGCGUACACAAGGCAAAUGUUGGCAAAGAAAAUGAAAGUAUCUGAAACAAGAAUACAGAUUUGGUGUCAAAACCGAAGAGCGAAAAUCCGGCGACAAAGAAAGCAAAGAAAACCAAUCCUUUCAGGAAUAUCUGGGCCUCAUGGAAUAUACUAUCCCAGUUCCAGCCCGUGGUUACAGCCACACUUUACAUCUUUGCUGCCAUUUCCUGUUUUGCCACUACAUAGAUCGUCCCUUUCCUCUCCUAUACGUGAAAUGUCACCGGAAAAAAGUAGAAUAUAUUACAGGACUGAUUUUAACAGAGACGAUUUAACGAUUUCUGAUUACACUCGCUCAAAACAAGAACUCCAAGAGUUACAUGGCAGAUUGAGAAGUUACACAAGGUGAAGAUAGGGAACGUUCCAUAAAUGUUUUCUCCUGAAGUAAAUCGUCGAAUGGGCGUCUCGUUAGUAAAACGACACUGUUAGACAUGUCAUGAACAAUGUUAACUUGACAAGUCAACCUUCAAGUAUUUGUUACGAAGAAUUUAUUUAUUUAUUUGAAAUUAUGGUAGCCACUGUGCGAAGUGCGAAGUAUUUAAAUGACUCUUUGAAAGUUUUGUGAUAAUAAAAAUUUAUUUAACAUGAUUGUAAUUAAAAUUGUAAAUAUUGUAGUAAAAAUAUAUUUGAUGAAAAGAUAGUUCAAACAAUUUGU